AUCCGACCGAGUACCGAGUCGGUCGUAAACUAUGGCGACGUGGCAAGAAGACUGAAGGAAGUCGAAUGAAAAAUUUGUCCGAUUCUGACCUUUUUCAGGGUACAUGUAAGCGUUUCAUUGAAGGAGAACAAUCAUGGGAUUGUGUAAAUGUCCUAAGAAGAAGGUCACUACACAGUUUUGCUUCGAACAUCGUGUGAAUGUUUGUGAACACUGCCUGGUUUCAAACCACCCAAAAUGUAUAGUUAAAUCUUAUCUACACUGGCUUCAAGACAGUGACUACAAUCCAGUUUGUACUUUAUGUAAUGGAAGUUUAGCUGAAGGAGAUGUUGUCAGGCUAAUUUGCUUCGAUGUAUUUCAUUGGGGUUGUCUAAACAGUUAUGCAGCAAGUCUUCCAACUAACACAGCUCCUGCAGGUUACACUUGUCCCAACUGCAAGUCACCAGUGUUUCCUCCAGAGAAGCAAGUUUCUCCUGUUGCAGACCAAUUGAGACAGAUGCUAGCCAGUGCACCAUGGGCCCGUGUGGGUCUUGGGCUCCCAGUGGUGCCAGCCUCAAGCUCGUCCAGCUCAGCAGUAUCUGAAAGCAGUGUGUCUAGACAUGAAGCUGAUGUUGUCUCUCAAGUGGCAGACAGUCACAGGAAAACAGCUACAAACGGACACAGUGACUCAUACUUAGUCACCCAGGCUUCUAGUCAACCCCCUCCUUAUACGUCCACCCCACUAAGUACCAAAACAGAGCUCAGAUCAGCCAGAGACCACGUAGUGGACGUGCGACAACAGAAUACGGUGGUACCACCCCCGCAGCAGGCUCAUGCUCGCUCAGACAAACCAAGCACAGUUUCAAGGAAGAUAUUCAACACUCGGGAGGCUGUGGACAGUAUUCCUUAUGACCAUGAUGAGAAUAAAUACCAAAGAAGAGGUGCUAUAGACUGGUUCACAAGAUGGUUCUGGUCUCGAAGACCAAAAAAGCCUGGACCCGAGGAUCCCAACGCCUCCUUAAAACGGACAACCGUCAUGUUGAUUCUGCUCGUCCUCGCCUUUACCACCAUAGUCGUUCUAUUUACGCGUGUUGGACGAGGAAUGGCCGAUAAAGACCCUUUUCUGGAUCCCAUGGCGAAUCCCAAUAUAAGAGUCAGAGGUGGAAAAAUGGACAACGCGUGAAUCUACAGCAUCGCUAACGCUUGGAUCGAUAUCAAAGGACUUCAAGAAUGAACAAAAACCAGCACACCCAGAAAUGGAAGAGUUUUAUUUCGCUUUCCGUCUCUUCACAAUAGAAUACUCAGACUACUUUUGAUUUUGUAUAUUUGCGCAAGAGGAAAUUGCGAUCCGUAAAUAUUGUAACUUCGUAUCUCGUACGGUCCUUGUUGAAGAGAGUUCCGCAGGGAUUUAGAACUUAUUUUAAAAACCUCCUGC